GCUUAGGAUUCUACACAAAAUGCUCGCGUUCCAUUUGUUCCUCUUCAGUUUGUUUACGGUCGCCUGGACCUGGGGCUAUGGCGAACCCAAAUAUUAUGCCUCGACGUGCGACUAUAUCAAUUGUCCGGCCGCCAAAGACGAAGUCUGUGCCAAGACCCAGGGCUCACACCAGCCUGCGACCUUUGAUAACGCCUGCGAGGUUCAGCGCUAUAGCUGCCUGACGGGUCAAUAUUGGCACAUACUCUACGAGGGACCUUGCGAGUGCCCAGUCAAAUGCCCACUCACGUGUAAUCCCAUCUGUGCCGCGCUGGGGAGUACGCAGAAAACCUUCCAAAAUUACUGUGAAAUGUUGCAGUUCAUUUGCCAUACAGGAGAACCCUGGAAAUACCUGCGCAAUGGAGAGUGCCUAGAGGUAGAAUCCCAAUACUCGGCGUAUUCAGGACCAUUCAUUUCUCGUGAAUCGUAUCCUGCGUAUGGGCCCCAUCUUUAUGGACAACAUGCGUAUAGGCCACCCGCGUAUGGACCUCAGGUUUAUGGACCUGCUGCCUAUCAAGCCCCAGCCUAUGGUCCCCCAAUGGCAUAUCCCAGACCCUACCAAUCCCCACCACAUCCGUAUGCGGCAUCGCAGCUGCAGCCAUAUCAUCUAUCAAUCUCAAGGGACGCUUUGCCCACUGAGUCAACGGAUGCAUUUGGCACAAUAACCAACACAGUUCCUAAAAGAUCUACAAGUUCUCCUUAUACUGAAGCACCCACGUCGACUGAAUCAUCGACAGCAGCUCCAACCGAUUCAACAGUAGCGGCUAAUGCGCCACAAUUGGUUGCACAAAGCUUAAUCAAAGAUACAAAAUCUGAAUCAGAUUCUCUUCCACAAGAUCCAUUGGCUACCGCUGAGAACACAACUGCUGUACCUUCAAAGUCCGUUUACGUAACAGAAGCUACCGUCAGUUCUACUUCGUAUUCCAGUUCUGAUUCGUACUCGGAUUCGACUUCAGAAUCUACUUCGGAAACGACAACUGUUUCAAAUGAUUCAAGAAGGGUUCAAAGUAAGGCGGUAGCAGCAAAUCGGAUACAAAACACUGCGGAAAACAACACAACUUCUGCGGAAAUCUCUUCAAAUGCUACAUCGGCGACGACACCUGUAGCAGAUAAUCUAACAUCUUCCUCGAGUGCCCCACCAAAAGAUAUAUACAGCUCUUAUACUACAACAGCCUCGUACUCAAGCCCUGUUAUAUCUGAUACAGCAUCAGCUAGGAAGGCUGUGGAGCUCAAAGUAGAUAGUUAUACGCCUACUGCGGCUGCUUCCUCAUAUACCACUCCAAAUAAUACAACUCAACUGCCAUUGGAAACUACAAUAGUUUCUGAUUCCACAACAGAAGUUUCCGUCGGUUCGACCCCGGACUCGACCUCAACUGAAGCAUCAACAUUGAGCAAUGCACCACAAUUUAGAGCUCAAAGCUUAAGCAAAGCUGCAGCUGUAAAUCAAACACAAACUACUCUAGUUGAUAAUACAACUACGACGGAAAGCCUAUUAAACGAUACAUCAGAGACUACAGCCAUAAGUCCUAAUUCCACAACGGAAGCUCCUGUGAGUUCUGCCAGUGAUUCCACUGCGGUUGAGUCAUCGUACCCAAAAACAGUUCCAUCAUAUGGAACAACUAAACAGUCCCAAGUUGAAAACUUGUACUUAUCUACUUCAAAUACUUUACCGAAAUACGCAUCGGAAUCGACAGGCUAUCCUCAGGAAACUUCCUCUGAACCUCCUGUGAGUUCGACCUCCGCCUCGACACCAGCUUCGACAUCGCCAAGCAAUCAGCCACAAGUGAGAGUUCAAAGCUUAAGUAGAGCUGCAGCUGUUAAUCAGACUCAAACUACUCUAGUUAAUAAUACAACUACGCCGGCAAGCCUAUUAAACGAUACAUCAGAGACUACAGCCAGUUCUGCCAGUGAUUCCACUGCGGUUGAGUCAUCGUACCCAACAACAGUUCCAUUAUAUGGAACGAGUUCACAGGCCCAAGUUAAAAGCUUGUACAAGACUACCGUAAAUCAGACUCGAGAUGCCCCAGUUGAUAAUACAUAUUCUUCGGAUACAUAUCCAAAAGAGACAACAGAAGUAACACCUAAGACUUAUGGUUAUGAUUCCACAACAGAAGCUGCUUUGCUGUCGACUUCAAGUUCUUCUGCUGCGACAACUGAUCCACCUAGUUUAACAUUAUCUAGAAAACUUGCAGCUAGAACCCAGACUCAAGAUGCCACACUUAAUAAUGCAACGGAAAUAACACCUUUGAAUUCGAAUGCCACAGCAGAAGCUUCCGUAAGUUCGACCUCUGCUUCCAAUUUGUAUCCGUUAUCGUACUCCAGCUCGGAGUCGACGACAGUUUCAUCCGAUCCAACAACUGAAAGCACUGCUCCACUUCCACAAUCACGAAGUCUGCAAAGAGCUGCAGCGGUUGAUCAGUCUCAAGGGCCACCAGAUAAUUAUACAUCUUCCUCAAAUACUUUACCGAAAUAUGCAGCGGAAUCGACAGGCUAUCCUCAGGAAACAUCCUCUGAACCUCCUGUGAGUUCGACCUCCGCCUCGACACCAGCUUCGACAUCGCCAAGCAAUCAGCCACAAGUGAGAGUUCAAAGCUUAAGUAGAGCUGCAGCAGUAAAUCAAACACAAACUACUCUAGUUAAUAAUACGACUACGACGGAAAGCCUAUUAAACGAUACAUCAGAGACUACAGCCAUAAGUCCUAAUUCCACAACGGAAGCUCCUGUGAGUUCUGCCAGUGAUUCCACUGCGGUUGAGUCAUCGUACCCAAAAACAGUUCCAUCAUAUGGAACAACUAAACAGUCCCAAGUUGAAAACUUGUACUUAUCUACCUCUAAUACUUUACCGAAAUACGCAUCGGAAUCGACAGGCUAUCCUCAGGAAACUUCCUCUGAACCUCCCGUGAGUUCGACCUCCGCCUCGACACCUGCUUCGACAUCGCCAAGCAAUCAGCCACAAGUGAGAGUUCAAAGCUUAAGUAGAGCUGCAGCUGUUAAUCAGACUCAAACUACUCUAGUUAAUAAUACGACUACGACGGAAAGCCUAUUAAACGAUACAUCAGAGACUACAGCCAUAAGUCCUAAUUCCACAACGGAAGCUCCUGUGAGUUCUGCCAGUGAUUCCACUGCGGUUGAGUCAUCGUACCCAAAAACAGUUCCAUCAUAUGGAACAACUAAACAGUCCCAAGUUGAAAACUUGUACUUAUCUACCUCAAAUACUUUACCGAAAUACGCAUCGGAAUCGACAGGCUAUCCUCAGGAAACUUCCUCUGAACCUCCUGUGAGUUCGACCUCCGCCUCGACACCAGCUUCGACAUCGCCAAGCAAUCAGCCACAAGUGAGAGUUCAAAGCUUAAGUAGAGCUGCAGCUGUUAAUCAGACUCAAAUUGCUCCUGUUAACAAUACGACUCUUUCGAAUACCACACCUAAAGAGACAACGAAAGCAAUUGAAUCCACAACUGAAGCUCUUGUCAGUUCGAGCUCGGAUUCCACAACGGAAUCGAGCUCAGAUUUAACUACAGUUCCAACAUAUUCAUCAUCAACAAGUGAUGCGCCAGCCAUAGAUAAUACUCAAGGUGCUUCAGAUAAAAAUACAACCUUAGUGGAGUUACCUAACAGAGAGAGUACGAAUGGAACCCAGUUGAUUGUGCAAGUGUCUGAAAAGGAUGACGUUCAGACCGUUAAGAUCAAUAAUCAAAAUACCAAUCCAAGUCCGACAUACGUGUUCAUAUUCCUGUCCAAGUCCUCGGCACAAAAAGUGGAUGUAUUAAAGAACUGAAAAUUAUAAAUAAGUAUGCAAAACAAUGCCAGACAAAAAUAACUAAUCCCAAUUCCAUUAUAAGACUUAAACUGUUGCCAAUUUAAAAUUUUAAUAAAUAUAUAUAUAU